AUGUCGUCCACAGACCGUGAGAUGGAGACUCCUGCUGCAGCUCCGUCCUACGAUAACGAGGAGGCCACUCAGCAUGCCGUCCUAAACGAAAAGGCUAUGGACGCCGAAUUCGACAAGGAGAACCAGGUCACCCCGGAUGGCGGCGAACCUACUCUCGCGGAGAAGACUUCCUUGCGCCAUGUCGCAGAGAACCUCCCCAUCUCCGCCUGGUUGGUGGCCGUCGUUGAGCUGUGUGAGCGUUUCACCUACUACGGCAUGUCCGGUCUGUUCCAGAACUACAUCCAGCGACCUCGCGAUGGUAGCCAGGGACGUGGUGCGCUCGGUAUGGAUCACCAGGGUGCCACCGGUCUCACUACCUUCUUCCAGUUCUGGUGUUAUGUUACCCCCAUCAUCGGUGCCAUUAUCGCCGAUCAGUAUCUCGGAAAGUACAAGACCAUUGUGGUGUUCUGUAUGGUCUAUAUGGUCGGUUUGCUCGUCCUGGUCUGUACCUCCAUUCCUACUGCCUUGGAACACGGCUCAGGUCUUGGUGGUUUCAUUGUCGCCAUCUUGAUCAUCGGUCUGGGUACCGGUGGUAUCAAGAGUAACGUGGCUCCUCUGAUUGCCGAUCAGUACAAGCGCAAGAAGAUGGCCAUUUCCACCACCAAGAAGGGCGAGCGCGUCGUCAUCGACCCCUCCCUGACCAUUCAGCGUAUCUACAUGAUCUUCUACGGAUGCAUCAACAUCGGUUCGCUGUCCCUUCUCGCCACUCCCUACAUGGAGCUGUACAUCGACUUCUGGCCCGCCUUCCUUCUCUGUCUCUGCAUGUUCAUGGUCGGUACUUUGGUGAUCAUUCUCGGCCGCAAGUACUACGUCGUCCGCCCUCCUCAGGGUUCCAUUAUCACGGAUGCUUUCCGCGCCCUCUGGAUCAUGAUCAAGAACCGCAACAUGGAUGCCCCCAAGCCCUCAUGGCAGAACGAGCACAAUGGCGCGUCCGCUGUCACCUGGGACGACCACUUCAUCGACGAGCUGAAGCGCGCUCUGGUCGCCUGCCGCGUGUUUGCCUUCUACCCGAUCUACUGGGUGGUCUACGGACAGUUCUCCAGCAACUUCGUCACCCAAGCCGGCCAAAUGAAUGGCCACGGUAUCCCCAACGAUCUGAUGCAGAACUUUGACCCCAUCUCCAUCAUCGUUUUCAUUCCCAUUCUCGAGACCUGCAUCUACCCCGUGAUGCGCCGCAUGAAGAUCCAAUUCCGCCCAAUCACCCGUAUCUCCCUUGGUUUCGCCGUCGCCUCGCUCGCCAUGAUGUACGCCGCUAUUGUUCAGCACCUGAUCUACUCCGCCGGACCUUGCUACGGCAAUCCUCUGUGCGAUGCCUCGAAGGUCGACGGCACUGCCUACGGCAACAACGUGCACAUCGCCAUCCAAACCCCGGCCUACGUCUUCAUCGGUUUGUCUGAGAUUUUCGCCUCCGUCUCUGGUCUCGAGUACGCCUACACCAAGGCGCCGCCCAGCAUGAAGUCCUUCGUGCAGUCGAUGUACCUGCUCACCAACGCGUUUGGAUCCGCCAUCGCCGAAGCCCUCACUCCCGCCGCCUUUGAUCCCGCCAUCAUGUGGAUGUUUACCGGUCUUGCCUGUGCAUCCUUCCUCUGCGGUAUCAUCUUCUACCUGAUCUUCCGUCACCUGAACGCGCAGGAAGAUGACAUGAACGCCCUCGAUGCCGACGACGAGAUGCCCGAGGCUCCGGUUGACGCGUCACGACGCCAGUCCAAGGAGUAA